AUGGAGUCUCCAGAGAUUGAGGUGCUAGAAUGGGCAUGUGUGAACUCUUACCGAGUCUUUAAUCGCGAUGGCACCAUUAUGGAGGCAAGGAUCAGUGGUGAAUGUGUUCCAUUGUUUCGUACCAGACUCACUGCUGGAUUAUUAGGUGGAUCCGUAACAUUGAGCCUAUUUGACGCUGAGGCUAUAUCCUUUCACAGAAGACUUGAAUGUACUGAUGUUGGUCCAAGAAUUUUCGUAGCCACAAACAUAAAUCCAAGAUUGGUUGGAGGUCGAUUGUUCCUGAAUGCCACUUCAUGUACACAUGUUUAUUUUGACGGGGAAACGAGAGCUGGACUAGACCGCUACUAUGGGUUGAUCAUGGUAAGACCUGGCCUUCCAUCGGCUGCACCACUAUUGCCGCAAACUCCAGAGGUCUACUCUUUAACCGUAGCUGAGAUGAAAAAGUUUGUAAUCGUUGAUCAGUCUGAGAUAAAUUAUGGAGUCCAUGCCCAUAAGGGUUGGUGUUACGUAGCUUGCAGUAAAUGCAGCAGGGAGCUCCAGCGCAUUGGAUCUGGUUUUACAUGUGUGAGAUGCAACAAAUCUAAUGCUGUUGGUGAUAUACGUUAUCGAGUAACGCUUGGUGUUGCUGAUGACACUGCUGAAGAUAUCUUUGUGUGUUUUGAUGGUAUAAUGACGAAGCUGCUUGGUCUCGACGCACGUGAUAUUAGUGAGAUGCUGGUGAGAUAG